AUGGAGGAGAUGCCGUUCGAAAGAGUUAAGACGCGGAGACGGAAGGGUCACUGCCCGGCCGGCGGGGCCCUGGGCGCCAUCGCCUGCGAGGACGAGUUCAACAGCCCGGAGCUGGAGUCCCUGUUCCAGGUGUACAACCUGAAGCUGGAGCAGACGGCCACGCUCAAGGCGCUGGCGGUGCUGAUCGUGGCCGCGUCGUCGCUGUCCCUGGUGGAGCUGCUGUCCAGCCCGCGGCUCACCUUGUCCAAGGGCUCCUACCCGGUGCACUGCGUGGUGUUCCUGUCGCUGUUCAUCGUCACCAACGUCAAGUACCUGCAGGUCACGCAGCUGCAGCAGAUCGCCAAGCUGGCGCUGCUGUUCAGCUUCACCUUCGCGCUGCUCUGCUGCCCCUUCCCGCUGGCGCUGGGGACCUCGGAGCUGGUGGACGCCGCUGCCCCCGAGCAGGGCGUGUGGCAGCUCAUGCUGGUCACCCUCGUGGCUUACGCGCUGCUCCCCGUGCGGACGCUGCUGGCCGUGCUCUUCGGGGUGAUGCUGGCCGCAUCCCACUUCAUUGUCAUAGCGACGUCCCUCACGGGGAGGAAGCAGAGGCUAUGGAGACCGCUGGUGGCCAACGCCGUGCUCUUCGCCAGCGUCAACGUGUCGGGGGUGUUUGUGCGGAUUCUCACCGAGCGCACCCAGAGGAAAGUCUUCCUGCAGGCCCGCAACUGCAUCGAGGAGCGUCUGCGGCUGGAGGACGAGAACGAGAAACAGGAGCGCCUCCUAAUGAGCCUGCUCCCGAGAAAUGUUGCCAUGGAGAUGAAGGAGGACUUCCUAAAGCCGCCUGAGAGGAUCUUUCACAAGAUCUACAUCCAGCGCCAUGACAAUGUCAGCAUCCUGUUUGCAGACAUUGUGGGUUUCACAAGCCUGGCUUCUCAGUGCACUGCUCAGGAACUGGUCAAGCUGCUCAACGAACUCUUUGGGAAGUUUGAUGAACUGGCCACGGAGAAUCACUGCAGACGGAUAAAGAUACUGGGGGACUGUUACUACUGCGUGUCUGGGCUGACCCAGCCCAAGGCGGACCACGCCCACUGCUGCGUGGAGAUGGGGUUGGACAUGAUCGACACCAUCGCGUCGGUUGUGGAGGCGACCGAGGUGGACCUGAACAUGCGUGUGGGUCUGCACACGGGACGGGUGCUGUGUGGUGUGCUGGGCCUGAGGAAGUGGCAGUAUGAUGUCUGGUCAAACGAUGUCACUUUAGCAAAUGUAAUGGAGGCUGGUGGCCUGCCCGGCAAGGUGCACAUCACGAGGACCACCCUGGAGUGUUUGAAUGGCGACUACGAGGUGGAGCCGGGCUUUGGCCACGAGAGACACGCCUUCCUGCAGAAGCACCACAUUGAGACCUUUUUCAUCGUGCCGUCACACAGACGCAAAAUUUUUCCCGGCAUCAUCCUGUCAGACAUCAAACCAGCCAAGAGGAUGAAGUUUAAGACGGUAUGCUACCUGCUGGUGCAGCUCAUGCACUGUAGGAAGAUGUUCAAGGCCGAGAUCCCCUUCUCCAACGUCAUGACCUGCGAGGACGACGACAAGCGCAGGGCCCUGCGGACUGCGUCCGAGAAGCUGAGGAGCCGGACGUCCUUCUCGGGCGCGGCCGUCCAGCACUCGCCCGGGACCCGGGUCAACCGCUACAUCGGCCGGCUCAUCGAAGCGCGGCAGACCGAAUCCCAGACCUCAGACUUCAACCAUUUCACUCUGUUCUACAGGAGCAAAGACAGGGAGCGCAGGUAUCACCAGGUCUACGACGACCAUUUCAUCAGCGCGGUGGUUCUCUCCCUGGUCCUCUCUUCUCUGUUUGGCCUUAUCUAUCUGCUCAUGAUCCCACAGGGGAUGCUGGUGCUCCUGCUGGUGGUGCUGUGUGUGUGUUUCCACGUGGCCUGUGUGAUGUACCUGCAUCUCACCAGUGUUCAGUGCCAACCCGGCUGUCUGACCAUCCAGAUCCGAACUGUCCUGUGUGUCUUCCUGGUUCUGCUCACCUACUCUGUAACCCAGGCUUGUGUGGUGGGCAGUGUCCCUUGGGGCAGAGUUGAGACAAACUCCAGCCGUUUUGUGGAGGACGUGCUCGGUGUGGAGCCUGAAAACAGCACGGCCGGGGGCGGGGCAGCCCCCAGCGUGGCCUACGCUCUCCUGUCCUGCGUGGCUGGGACCCUGACCAUCGUCCCUUACCUCCGCGUGUCUUCACUCCCCAAGAUCCUGCUGCUCCUCCUCCUGUCAGCCGCCUACACGGCUGUCAUGGAGACCAGUGGUUAUCGCCAAGCUGUGGGCGGUGGCUUUCUGCACACUCAAGGUUAUGAUCCAGUUUUGGCCAUCCUGCUGUUUUCUGUAGCUCUGGCUCUUCAUUCGAGACAACUGGACUAUAAACUGCGGCUAGAUUAUCUCUGGGCCACUCGGGCGGAGGAAGAAAGAGACGACAUGGAGAAGGUGAAGCUGGACAACAAGAGGAUCCUGUUCAACCUUCUACCAGCUCAUGUGGCACAGCACUUCCUCAUGUCCAACCCCAGAAACAUGGACCUGUACUACCAGUCCUACGCUCAAGUGGGAGUGCUGUUCGCCUCCAUCGCCAACUUCAACGACUUCUACAUCGAGCUUGACGGGAACAACAUGGGAGUCGAGUGCCUGAGGCUGCUCAAUGAGAUCAUCGCUGACUUUGAUGAGCUGAUGGAUAAAGAGUGCUACAGGGACAUUGAGAAAAUCAAGACCAUUGGCAGUACAUACAUGGCGGCAGUAGGGCUGGUUCCCACAACUGCCUCCAAGGGGAAGAAGUCCAUCACCUCCCAUUUAUGCACGGUGUCAGACUUUGCCAUUGAGAUGUUUGACGUCCUGGACGCCAUCAACUACCAGUCCUAUAAUGACUUUGUCCUCAGAGUAGGUAUCAACGUGGGUCCGGUGGUGGCAGGAGUGAUUGGAGCCAGGAGGCCUCAGUAUGACAUCUGGGGAAACACGGUGAAUGUAGCCAGCAGGAUGGACAGCACAGGCGUGCAGGGAAAGAUACAGGUGACAGAGGACGUUUACCGCCUCAUCGCAUCCUAUUACAACUUUGUGUGCCGCGGCCAGGUCAGCGUGAAGGGCAAAGGUCAGAUGCUGACGUACUUCCUGGAGGGACGUGGAGAAGGCGGGCGGCUGUCUCAGAGCCAGCAGCAGCCCCCCCCCGGCGGCGGGGCCGGGCGCCGUGCCAGCGCCUUCGCCCAGGGCGGCGUGUGCACCAGGCUGAGCCCCGCCCCCACCGUGGCCGCCUUCGCCAGCAUCAGGACCCCCAGCCCCGGCCUCCCCAAGCCCAGCGCCUCCACCAGCAGCAGCAGGUACCUGCCCUCGGCGCCCACGGCCGUGAUGUGA